AUGACGCAACGCAAGGUAGCUUUCGGAGAACCUUCCUAUCAGGUGAGGAUCACUGGUGGAUGUGCAGAGACCACAUUAGGUGAUCGAUCCCAAAAUGAAAAUCUAGAAAUUCCCAGCAUGAGCUGGAUCCAGACUCCCUCUAUCGUCGACAUGGGAACAACGACUUCAAAUAUAUGUUUUGGCAGUUCCUGCUACAUGUUUUAUGAAUCAGGCAAACCAUGGUCUAAAAACCGAAAAAGUUGCAGACGCCAAAAAGGAGACCUUGUUUCCAUGGAAACGGAAGAAGAAUGGCAGUUUAUCAACAGAGAAAUUCAAAAACGUACCCUCCAAGGAUCCAAUGAUUGGCACAUAGGAUUAAGGAAAAGAGAAAACAACUGGGAGUGGGUAAGCGGAGAGCCGCUGACCAUUACAGACAAAUGGCAAGAUAACGAACCGUCUGGUGACGGGAACCAUGCUGUGAUGUCAAAGGACUACCCGCCUGGAUCUCAAGGCCUCUUUAGUGAUCAACGUGGUGGAAUUAAUACACCUUAUAUCUGCGAAUUUAAGAAAGGUCAGAGGAGAUGUUUGCAAGUUUAA